CUCUUAUCGGACAGUGACCGCACCUUUUGCCUAGGUAAGGUACCUACCUACCUUAGUGGCUGUGACAGUGACCAUUAAUAAUACCGCCUUAGCACUUCAUCCUCAUGCUCGAUGGGGACCUCAUCGUCACCGAGCACCAUGAUCACAAUCGAAGAUGCACCUUCCGCUCAUCUCAGUUUUGACCAGAGGACGCUUUGAACAACAGGACAUGUAAGGCAGGUUUUGGCAAGCGCUUUGCUCGAUUUCGAAGAUGCAAGGGAAGCGGCGCAAUGAGCCCGGCAGUAGCGACGAGCGCCACAGACCUACAAAGCAUGCGCGCCUUACCGAAACCCACCCCUACGAUUCGAAUUCGAAAUCGAGGCCUCAAGACAACAACGCUAUCUUCGCCGCCACCGACUUGCUGUCCUCGUUAUCGGACGAGCUCCUCAUCCGCAUUCUGUCCUUCUUGUCCACUUCUAAUCUUCUCGGUAUCUCGCCCGUUUCCCGCCGUUUCUACCGCCUUUCUGCCGACUCUCAGCUAUGGCGCACGCUUUACUAUCAUCGCUUCGUCCUGCCGCGCGCUUUGAAGAUACCCGGUUUUCGCGAUGGCUCUGCAAGAGAUAGCAGUCGAAUACAGUUUUCCACACGCCGAACGGUCUGGGCCGACGGCGGCUGGGGUCGGAGAAAUGCUCUGGGAGAUUCUGUUGAUUGGAAGCGCCAGUACAAACUACGGCACAAUUGGGCCAGUGGUAAUGCUUUGGUUCAAGAGGUGAAGGUUGGGGAAUCUUUGCUCGACUCUGCGGGCUUAGGGAAGACUCUAGUCAAAGUGAUUGAGGGUAUCGCGGUCACUGCCGACUGCGUUUCUGGCAUGCGAGCCUGGGACCUCAAGACAAGAGAGCCAAUUGCCCAAAUCAGCUUCAAGCAUGGAAACUGCGGAUCGUUUCCUACUUGCUUAGCGAUUGACGGCCGGGAGUCUGAGAAUAAGAGACUUGACGUCGCAGUCGGUUUUCUGGACGGGAGCUUUGGCGUUUGGGAGCUUUAUAUUAAAGAAGCCAAGUUUCGGAAAAGAUACAAGCACGAAAAGUCCAGCAACGGCCGACUGGUGGAGAUCGUCUAUCAGCACCCCUUUAUACUCACGGCAACAGACUCAGUUCUGAUAUCUCUCUACGAUUUUGAACGAGCAUCCUCUGGCGGAAAGCCAGUGGCGUCCAGCGGCCAACGAGACACUGUCACUCUCAAAGAAAGGGGGAGUGAAGCUGCUGCGGAAACUGAGACCUUUCCAGAGUCAGAAAGGCCCAUGGCAGCGUCUCCAUUGUCAAAGUGUGACAACACCCAGAACCCAUUGCAAGGAACCACGCCGCUCCCGGCUCCUAUUCUCUUGACUUCACUCAAGUCACACACAUCCAGAGCCCCAUUGGCUCUGUCUAUUCGCCAGGUGACUUCGCAUAUAAUCGCUUCGAUUGCAUAUACGUUUUCUACUUUGGAAGGAUGGUCCAUUGGUAUACAGGAUCUACAGAUACGGCCACAAGGCGCAGGCCAGCCAGCUUCAGAAAUCGUCUCAACACGACUCGCUUUCACUAAGCCUGUGAAGGCUGCGCCUACAGUUUCAUUGACUUCCUCGACUGCGAGCCCGCAGCUUCCGUCCCAAAUACAGACUCCCGAAGGCCCGACGACACUGUGCUACAGCCAUCCGUAUCUUUUGGCUGCGCUACCAGAUAAUACUAUGAUUCUACACAUUUGUACAUCAAAUGCUACAAAGCUCGACAUUUCUUCAGGUAUUCGUCUCUGGGGCCAUACAUCAGGCAUCAGCGACGCUGAAAUCACGACAAGAGGCAAAGCCGUGAGUGUCAGCUCUCGAGGCGAAGAAAUACGAGUCUGGGAACUCGAGGGACGCGUCAGUGGCAAAAGCAUCGAGAUCAGGCCAAAAUCAACCUCAGGCUCUGUUUCCACAGAUACCGUCGUGCCCUCGCCUGAGGCGACGCUAGACCGCUGGGACGACCGACGUAAUUGGGUAGGCUUUGAUGACGAAAUGGUCAUCGUGUUGAAGGAAGCCAUGAACGGGAAGGAGAGCCUCGUUGUGUAUGAUUUCUCAUGAACGACUCCGAUGAGGGACCAAAGCUAGCACCAUCCUGCCUGAGGUUAGACGAGAAGUUUCAACUCUUGGCUAGCUUAGGCAGCUGCGGCUUGGACAGGACAUUAUUCGACGCUCGUAUCUCCGCAAUGGGCGAACAUAUGCGACUACGCCACGUGAAUCAACGGGGAAGACUUCUACAGACUGGCUUGGCCAAUUGAUGGGACAUUUCUACCAUUGAACGAAGACCUUGCUCCGGUAGCCAAUCUGUUCACAUAAGCAUGCAAGAGUAGCCUCAUAUGGUCAACGAGCUUGCGUAACCAGUGGUAGGCCAUAAAUGCUUUGCAAGGCAGAUAGGUGCCCGUAAGGAACAGAAGACAAGCUGUUGCCUGGAAGACGUGAAUGAGGCCACGGCAUGUCUCGUCGUCAUUGUUCCAGCCCUUGCUUGCAUUAUCCUCGUUGAGAAGUUCCGCGUGAGUAUAGCAAUUCCUACGCCAGGUAGCGACAAUGUCGAAUAGGCGCCAGGGUUUGAUCCCAAUUUAGACGACGACUCGGAUGGCGAUCAUGCUGCCCAAAGUUCCUCAGUGUCAUCUACUGUCCCGAGAAGUUAAACGACAAUGAGAGACUCUAUGCAUGCCUGGCAUGGGCAAUUGGACACCUGGAAGAAACCCUUGAGGCUUAGCGGUCAGGUCUAAUGAAGCGCUACAUCAACGAAGCACCCGCUACUGAGGAUCUCUUCUGGUGGACUCCAUCAGCCUGGUAGACUUGGCCAUCUCGUUUGACUGAGCUUUCGAUUCGGUACCGCGGUUGUGAAAACGAGGGUUGAGUUGUUAAGUAUUCAUGGACGUCUGAGCUACGAACGGCAAGGUUUCUGACAUGGAGCCUAUCUCAGCAUCGUCGACACGAUAUUGAAAAUGAAGAGACAAACGUUAUGGAAGAGGCAAGCUGUGGGGUCAGAUCAGCUGGGAUAUACCAAUCGAUCCAUCUUUUCAAGAAUGCAUUCA